AGACAACGUUCCACAGAAGUCCUCGUAGGCAGAGCGAACGAACGAGCCAAUGCACAAUAACAAUAAUAUUGUGGAGCAUCUUAGCAAAUCAGUGUAUUCAAUAUCUUUAGCGCAGUACCCGGAUGACACAUCAGUACUGCUUUUGUAUAGCUCAGUCAUUCGGGAACUUGAACUGUCGAUACCAAUACUGGAACAUUUACCGAGGGACGGUGCUGAAUCCAAAUCCGAUGAAUGCCAGACGCAAAACCUUCAGCAUUUGUUACUUGACAACCCCCCUUUUCAAACUCUGGCAAGGAUUCAACAAAGCAGCUGGAAUUCCCGUUGUCAAUCUCGAAGACUUAAACAAACUUGAGAAAGGUUCAGUCACAGCCUUAUAUAUAAACAAUGGAUUUUCCAUCUGUUGAGAGGGCAGUGAAAGUGUAUAGGGAGUGUGUUAGUGCACCCUCUCUCUCUUCUUCUUCCCUACAAAAGACUGGAGACAGUGCGUUUAGUGUACACUCAACAUGGAGCCAGAGAGAUCUAGAAAGAGAAUGCAACAUCAAGUAUAGACAGACCCAUAUUGUGACUCUUGACAGCAAUGGACAAAUAGGAGAUGUCAUAGAUCCAGGAACCAACACUGAACUAAAUUCAGAACAGCUGGUGCGAUGGUCACCUUCCGGAAAGCUCAAAGCUGUGCUGAGGAAAAUUAAGGAUAAGAAAGGUGAUGAGAAACAAUAUUUGGAGGUCUGGAACAAUAUUCGAAAGAUUCAUAAUAUCAAUCUGACUGCCCUUGGCAAACAUGGCAAAGUGUAUGAAGAUUGCGAAUUUGGAUGCUUGGAGUGGUCUAGUUGUGAAUCUCAGCUUCUGUAUGUGGCAGAAAAGAAGCAACCCAAAGCUGUCUCUUAUUUUGACAAAUCUAAAGAAGGUGGCUCUGAAGAAAAUCCUGAAACAGAUGCUAAAAAGAAAGAUCCAGAAGUUAAGGGAGACCAGUUUGUCUAUCGUCAAGAUUGGGGUGAGCUAUUGGUUGGGAAGCAUUCUCCAGUGCCAUGCAUCUUAAACCUUCAGACUGGUCAGGUGACUAUACCAGAGGGUCUGCCCAAGGAUGUCUCUGUCGGUCAAGCAAUCUGGAUUCCCGAUGAUAGCGGGAUAGUGUUCACUGGAUGGGAGAAUGAGCCGUAUAGGCUAGGAUUAAUCUACUGUAGGAAUAGAAUGAGUGCCAUCUAUCAUCUGGAUCUGUCAAGUCUAACCUGCAACACCAUCAGCGUCACAGGUCAAUCUGUGAGGUCACCUGUGUUUAGUCCAGAUGCUUCUAAACUUAUCUAUAUCCAGAAUUCUUGCCAUGGCGCUCACAUGCAAUGUGCUCAACUUGUGUAUCAUUGGGAGAGCAAGGAGACACAGGUUGCAGUCGAUAUAGUUCAAAGACCUACAGAAGAGAGGCCCUUCCCUGGUCUAUACGUUGGCCGUUUUGAGCAACAGUGUUGGCUGGACAAUGAGACUAUCCUUGUCAGCACUAAUUGGAGAAGUAGUAAGACAAUUAUUGCAAUCAAUAUCUGCACAGGAGAAGUGACAAGACUUACCAAUGACCCAGAUUUUGGUAGUUGGAUGUUUUGUGCCAUCAAACAGAGACUUAUUCUUGCAUGCAGAUCUUCGCCAAGCCAUUCAGCCCAACUGGUUGUAGGUGUCAUUCCUCAGGAAGGAGAUAUAUCAUGUAUCAACUGGAAACCGUUACAUGAAUUUAGUGUGAUCCUGUCAGAUGUAACCUGGUCUGUUAUUACACUCAAACCAAGAACUGAGCGAGGUAGUGAUAUUGAUUUUGAAACUAUUAUCGUGAAGCCAAAGGGAAACUCGGGCGGUCAAGAGAAGAAGCCUCCUCUCAUUGUGUGGGCUCAUGGGGGCCCUCAUUGCGUAAUCAGUACAGGCUACCUCCUUCUCCCUGGAUUAUUCUGUCAGCUUGGAUUUGUUAUCGCCUGUGUCAAUUACCGAGGUUCGUUGGGGUUUGGGCAAGCCUCCAUCGAUUCCCUCCCUGGCUUUAUUGGAAUCAAUGAUGUGAAAGACAUUCAGGCAGCAGCUGAAGCAGUGAUAGAACAAGGUCUCGCAGAUCCAGACAGAGUAGCUGUGUACGGUGGCUCACAUGGUGGUUCCUUGGCUAUGCAUAUGACUGCACAGUAUCCAGAUUUUUACAAGGCGUGUAUUACAAGGAAUCCAGUCACUAAUCUUGCAGCCAUGCUUGGGGGUACAGACAUUCCAUCUUGGACAAUGACAGAGGCUGGUAUGGAUUUUGAUUUCAAGAAAGCGCCAUCAGCCGAGAUGUAUGCUAAGAUGUUCAACUGUUCUCCUAUGGCUCAUAUUGACAAGGUGAGAGCUCCAACCCUUUUAUUGCUUGGAUCAGAUGACCUUCGUGUUCCACCCCAGCAGGGCAUACGCUACCAUCAGAUGCUCAAGGCACGUGGGGUCAAAACAAGAUUGCUGAUGUAUACAGAUAACAGUCAUCCGAUCAACAAAGUUGAUGCCGAGGCAGAUCGUUUGAUGAACAUGUAUACAUGGAUCACAGAACAUCUCUAAACCUACUGCAUGAUAACAAAAGACAUAGUAAAUUUGAUGAUUUCGCUCUGGAAUUCCAUUUCCAGAAUCUAAAGUUAUCUUUAAUGAUCCCUUUUGUUUACAAAUUCAACUCGGUAUCGAUUUCAGAGUCAAAUUUUUAUUUGAAUGUAAGUUGGAAUGAAUCUGGUAUCGGUUUGUACUGUUAAAAGUGGUCCACCUUGUACCAUGUUUUACCCAAUUCAGUUUGUAACGCUCUUUUAUAUCUAAAUAUGUACAAUGAUUAUAUCAAUGACAUUGCGGUUUGUGCUCUGGAAUUCAUCGUUUCAUUUUGUAGUCGGUUGUAGUUGGUCUCAAAAAUUAUGCUGCAUUUACGGUAUUAUAUUUGUAAUUUUUAAGUCUGAAAUAGUUUACUAACACUUUAUCCGAUUAUUUUUCUAGUUCUCCUUUUCAGCCUUUUAAUCUGUCCUACUCUUUAUCUGUCCCUAUUAUUGUGUAGUCUCCUCUCCAGCUUCUCUUUCUCAUUUCUCUACAUUCUCUCUUUUAUUGUCUUACCAGUCUUUCUAAUCUUCUACCACAUUUGCCUUAUUGCCUUCUGUUACUCGUUCUCCUUCCAUUAUCCUCUAGUCAUCCGUUUCAAUCUCUUCUCUUGUUUUUCUUUCUUUUCUUUUUUAUAUCCUUGAUUAUUCAUUGUGAAUUGCCAUUUAUAUUAAUCUAAUGUAAACAUAAUUGUAUUUUACCAAAUCGAUUUUUAAUGUAAUGGUUUUGUAUGUAUCAAUCUUUUGUAAAUUCAAUUCGUUU